CUUCAAAUGACAGUCAAGUUAUAUGAAACUUAGAAGGAUAAACAAACACACUCUGAGUACAAAAAACCAUCAAUAUAAAAUCGCAAUUCACAAUGGAUAUGAGCACAGAUGGUGAGAGGCUUUUCUAACUGGUCCAACUAAUAACACAGAAAUGGCUGGUUUUCAAACCAACUUCUUCCCGUCUUACACUCCGGCCCCACCUCACGGUUGUAAAUCUCCGCCACAAGUCUCGCCGUUCUCUCCAGGAAAUGUGCCACCAAGCCCACCACCCAUCAACCCUCCCCCGUCCUCCCCAAAGGUAGCACCACCUCACCCAGCCAGCACACCUCCGCCACCUCAUUAUCCCAGCCCACAGCCUCCAUCACCAAGGCCACCAAGGCCUUCCAUUCCACCUCCAUCACCAGUUGUCAAGCCGCCUCCGCCACACAUUCUGCCACCACCAUCACCGGCAGUUAAGCCGCCACCACAACCUGGACAUCAUUCCCAUGUCAUCAUUAUUGCUUUUGUCUCACUUGGUGGACUGUUCUUUCUAGCAUUCCUCUCUGUGGCAUUAUGCUGCUUUAUCAAAAAGAGAAAGAAGAGAAUGGUUCAAGAAAGUGAUGUUGUAAAGGUGGAUGAACAUAUAAAAGUUCAUGAAACAAUUGUCCCAGGUCCACAUGGCACGCAAACUACUUUUAUAACCAUUGAUGAUGAUCUUCAUAUCGAUGAAGAAGUCAAAAAGCAUGAAAAAAAUUGUCAAAGUUUAGUCACAAAGGGCGUGCAGAAACAUCCUCAGGCUAUUGGUGCAAGCACAAGAGCUCCAACAUCUGGUUGAAAUCACAAGCCCUAUUGAUCAUAGUGAAAAAAGAAGUGAUUAAGCGUAAUUUCCAUAUUAAUGUAAUACUACAUUUGUGUUUGAUUCCAUUAUUGAAUGUAAUUUACCAAUAAUCACCAUCAUAAAGCCAGCAAGUUUGAAACGCCGAAUGUUUAUUUUAACAUAUUAUUAUAACAAAAAUGAAGGAAAUGGGUCAUAUAAUGUUUGCAUAAGGGAAUUCUGCUUGUUUCUUCAAGCACUAACUUCAAUUUUAUAUUAAUAGACGGAGAUGUGGUGAUAAUCUUCGCAUGAGAGUCAGAUGCACAUCAACAAGAAUUCUAAGGUUUUAGGAAUUAUUAAGAGCAGCAGCUUGGCAGCUUUUUCCACAUACCUGGCCUUCACUCACAAGACUGUUCAACAACAACAACCCUGUUGGCUGUUGAAUCCCACAAAAGUAGGGUCUGGGGAUGGUGUGUGGGUGCAGACCUUACCACUACCCGAAAUUAGAGAGGUUGUUUCCAAAGAGACUCCAGGCUCAAGAACCACAGGUAAUCACGUACGCAGCCUAUCCCUAUGUUAAAAACAUAAAGCAGAUGACCCAUG